CAGAUGGCGUGUAUGUUUGUUGGUAAACUCGUGAUCCGAAGUAGGUUGAACGAGUAAACACUGUGUCAUUCUCUUGUGCAGCAAGAUGAAGUUAUACAUCUUGUUGUCGUUUCUGCCUCUGAUAUAUGGUCAUGGAUCGUAUGAUGAUCUUAAGCUAACGGGAGGCUGGAAAACCUCGGACAUCAACAAUGAUGACGUCCAAAUUAUGGCCAAAUUUGCACUUGCCACAGUAAAUGCAAAGGAAAAUUCUCAGAGACAAAUGGUUACGAUUGAAUCAGCAUCGACACAGGUUGUGUCAGGCGUCAACUAUAAGAUGGUUCUUCGUGUUACAAACGGAGUGACAGAUGAGCUGUGUACAGUGGUGGUAUACGACCAAUCCUGGACCAGCACCAGGAACCUGACUCAAUACUCCUGCAAGACACAGACCAUCCUGGGCGGCGUGAAGCCAGCCAGUCUGGACAAAGAUGCCCAAUCUGCAGUCAUGUUUGCAGUAGACUACCACAACUCCAGGGCCAACAGCCUCUACAGGGCUGGGGCACAAACUGUGGAGCAUGUGACCAAACAGGUUGUCUCUGGAGUCUUGUACACAUUCACUGUGAACAUGGUGGACACCAAGUGCUUGAACAGUGACACCAACAAGGGCAAGGGACUGGAGGAUUGUGCUGUGGCCGACAAUCCUUUGAAAACUGAGUGCAGCUACAAGGUGUGGUACCAGGCCUGGAAGAAACCACAGUACAAACUGGAGUCAGAGGAAUGCGGAGAACAGAAAGACCCAGCACCUACGCCAGUUCCACCUCCUGUUUCCAACCAACUUCCAAAGAUUGAUGAACUCAUGAAACCUAUGUUGGCCGGUGUCAAGCUGAGCAACUCACUGCCACAACUCAAGGAUGACCUUUCCAGUAAGCUGAAGGACCUCCUUAGUAAGCACAAGACUCCAAGGCUAGAGGAACUUUUUGGACCUGACAAGACACUCCCAUUAUUUGGUCUCCCCAACCAGGACAAAGCACAAGUGUUGACCAAUAAGAUUUUAUUGAAACGUCAGAAGAAAGAUUAUGUACCUGAUGACCUUCAUCCUCUGCUGGAGCAUAUUGGGACUGGAUUACUGGGAGCGUUUAAACAUGCAGUUGGAGGAGACGACCACGACUUUCAGAAACAUGGGGAGACAAAGCCUCUGAUUGGAGGAGAUGACCAUGACUUUCAGAAACAUGGGGAGACGAAGCCUCUGAUUGGAGGAGAUGACCAUGACUUUCAGAAACAUGGGGAGACGAAGCCUCUGAUUGGAGGAGAUGACCACGACUUUCAGAAACAUGGGGAGACGAAGCCUCUGAUUGGAGGAGAUGACCAUGACUUUCAGAAACAUGGGGAGACGAAGCCUCUGAUUGGAGGAGACGACCAUGACUUUCAGAAACAUGGGGAGACAAAGCCUCUGAUUGGAGGAGAUGACCAUGACUUUCAGAAACAUGGGGAGACGAAGCCUCUGAUUGGAGGAGAUGACCAUGACUUUCAGAAACAUGGGAAGACAAAGCCUCUGAUUGGAGGAGAUGACCAUGACUUUCAGAAACAUGGGGAGACGAAGCCUCUGAUUGGAGGAGAUGACCAUGACUUUCAGAAACAUGGGAAGACAAAGCCUCUGAUUGGAGGAGAUGACCAUGACUUUCAGAAACAUGGGGAGACGAAUCUGAUUGGAGGAGAUGACCAUGACUUUCAGAAACAUGGGAGACGAAGCCUGAUUGGAGGAGAUGACCAUGACUUUCAGAAACAUGGGGAGACGAAGCCUCUGAUUGGAGGAGACGACCACGACUUUCAGAAACAUGGGGAGACGAAGCCUCUGAUUGGAGGAGACGACCACGACUUUCAGAAACAUGGACGUGGCAACCUGGGAGGAGAUGGUCAUGACCUCUGUCAUGGAGGACACUUCAAGGACUUCAUGAUCAAACAUGGAAAGGUCUACAAUACUGAAGACGAGGAGGCCAAGAGAUUUGCCAUCUUCUGUGACAACAUGAAAAUUGCUCGUAAGCUGAAUGAGACUGAAUUAGGAACAGCAGUAUAUGGUGCUACCAAAUUUGCAGACCUUACACAGGAGGAAUUCAAACAGAAGUACCUAAGCAAGACAACAUGGAACAAGAUGACCAACCAUGGAGCGUCUAUUAUGAACAAAGCCAAAAUCCCCAGUGGUACUGCCCCCAAGGCCUUUGACUGGAGAGAUAAAGGUGCUGUUACACCUGUAAAGAACCAGGGACAGUGUGGGUCCUGCUGGGCUUUCUCCACCACUGGCAACAUCGAGGGACAAUGGAAGAUCAAGAAAGGACAGCUCAUAUCCCUCUCAGAACAAGAGCUGGUUGACUGUGACAAGCUGGACGAGGGAUGUAAUGGUGGACUACCUUCUAAUGCCUACAUGUCUAUCAUGAAACUGGGUGGCCUGGAGACAGAGAGUGAAUACAAGUAUGAAGCUGAAGAUGAGAAAUGUGCCUUCAACCGAUCUGAAGUUGAAGUCAAGAUCAAUGGUGCUGUCAACAUCUCCAGCAAUGAAGAUGACAUGGCUUCAUGGCUGGCUCAAAAUGGACCCAUCUCCAUCGGAAUCAAUGCAAAUGCUAUGCAGUUCUACUUCGGAGGAAUCUCUCAUCCCUGGGAAAUCUUCUGCAACCCCACGUCCCUCGACCAUGGUGUCCUCAUUGUGGGAUAUGGUGUUGAGGGGAGUGAACCAUACUGGAUCGUGAAGAACAGCUGGGGCCCAGACUGGGGAGAGAAGGGGUACUACCUUGUGUACCGAGGCGGUGGCGUGUGCGGACUCAACACAAUGUGCACAUCUGCUGUAGUCAACUAAAGAUGCCUCACCUCUAGCUGCAGAUCUGCGAUAUUUGCACCACAACACACAGAAUAAAAUGGAAAACAUGUUGGAAAUACUGUAAUUUGGAAAAUAUGAUUCUCACUGAAAAGGGCACAUAUAUAGAUCUGAAUGUUAAAAGCAGAUCUGAAUUUCAAAAAGCAAUUACCUUGCAAUAUUCUGUUUGUUGAGGUGUGAAACUUGUAUAUAUUGUAUUGUAACAUUUUGUAGCAUACAUGAGCCUCACAUGGGGAUGUGAUAUGUUUGGAGGUAAAUCAUACUUUUUGCAUCCUUUAGAAACAGAUAUACUGGUAAAUGAACAAUGCUGAAUCUCUCUAAAUUAAGGCACCUUUCAUUAUGAUUGACAAUUUAGCUUACAUUGUGUGCAAUGACCAUGGUUUCCAAAAACUUUAUAUGCCUGAUAUUAAUAUUUCAUUUUACACAGACGAUUGAAUAAUAUUUGAGGAGGAAUAUUAUCUUUACAGCAAAAUGCACGAUUAUAUAUAUUGCUCAUAUAUACAGUGAGAUUGUACAUGUUUCAAUAUUUUGUAAAUUUGCACUGGUUUAUAUUUUAAUCCCAACUUUUCGUUUGAAGUAACAUUUUGGUCACUACUUGGUACUUAAGAAAAUUUAUAUUUUCCUUAUCCUGACUCAUGCUUAAUUGCUUGUCUUCUUCUUCUUGCGAACUAUAGUGGAACACUUGAAUCCCCUUUUAAUCAGAAAAUUUAUGUUUUCACUGCAUCCUUUUUUCUUUGCACAUUUUUCAGGAAGUUCCUUGACUAACAUCAUAUUUAAUCAAGAAUCUUUAACAUACCUUUGAUUAAAGAGAUCAAAUACUCAUUUGUAUGUAUUGCAGUUCUUCGUACUCCAGUUUGUGUAAAUCUCAUGAGACCAAACAUCCACUCUGAAAUGUAUUUUGGUAUUUAUAACCAGAACAGUUAUUUUGAUAUGUACUUUUAGUUUUGCUUAUGGACCUGCACUGUUGUGAAGUGUUAGAUAUUUACCACUGAUAAUGUUGCUGUGACAACAGUUGUUUUAACCAUUGAAAACAUGUUUAUUUACAUUACUUCCAAACACCACAGCUUUUAAUAUUGAUUAAAGUCUUUUGUUUUUGUCA